UAUGAGCAGUGGACAGUCUUCAGAGACUUUGGACUCUGACCAAAUAAUAACUGUGCGUUCUCACAUAAAGACCAGGAGACAGUCCUUUUCGGGUUAGCACUUGUCUGGAGUUGUCGAGCUUCUGAUACCACCACAAGUGUGUUUAAAGUAAGUGCUGACUGAAGAUCUGUUCAACCAACUCUGCAACAUGUGGCUUGUUCCUGUGAUGCUCCUUGUCCUCACCGGUGAGGCUCUGUCUCUGGAGCUGAACAUGUGUAUGAAUGGCAAACACCAAAAACAAAAGCCUGGGCCAGAGGGGAAACUUUAUCAUCAGUGUUCUCCCUGGCGAGAUAACGCCUGUUGUACAGCCAACACCAGCGCUGAAGCCCACGAGGACAACUCCUAUUUAUAUAAUUUCAACUGGAAUCACUGUGGCACCAUGAGUGACCAGUGCAAGAAACACUUCAUCCAAGACACGUGCUUUUACGAGUGCUCACCCUAUCUGGGACCUUGGAUAGAAGAAGCGGACGAAAGCUGGCGAAAGGAGCGAAUCAAGGACGUUCCUCUGUGUAUAGAGGACUGCCAUGAGUGGUGGGAGGAUUGUAAAAAUGAUUUUACCUGCAAGACCAACUGGCACAAGGGAUGGAAUUGGACCUCAGGAACUAAUCAGUGCCCGAAUCAUAAUCGGUGUGUAAAAUGGACAGACGUGUUUCCCACAGCCAAGUCCAUGUGCGAACAAAUCUGGUCCAACUCCUACCUCUACACCGCCUUUUCCAAAGAAUCAGGCCGCUGCAUGCAGCUCUGGUUUGAAGGAGCGAAUCCCAAUAAGAAGGUAGCUGAGUAUUACCUCAAUGGAGGGGGGCAGCUGAGCUUCAGCCUGGCUACAGUGCUCGCCGUGAUGAUGUCAUACUUCUGGGCUAUUUUCUUCUGAACUCAAACCAAGAGUUUUGUUCAUUGCCUUUACCAGUUUACCAAUAAAAUAACAAAGAUGAUCUCUCAGUUUCAUAAUGUCUCAAGCGGCUGUACUUUAUAUCUUUAUUCACUGACUCUGGAAUAUGCAUGUUCUUACUUUUAUGAGCUUUACUGCUAUAUGGGUGAUUUGGACUUGGGUAGCUGGAAAGAGAAGUCAGCACCUUUUGGUUUUCUACAGUAAACCAAAGUAGUUAGAGUGAUAAAAAUGAGUGGCAUGAGCAGCACAGAUGAAUCAUUUUAGUGUCGAAAUCAAAUAAAAAUGGCACGGAUGAUCUAAAGCAGUGAUUCGUAACCGUGGGGCCCAUGGUUGGGCCGCGAGCACGUCCUAGAGGGCCGCUAAAAGUUUCUUUGUUUUACACCUUUGGGCCGUGAGACGCUCAGUUUUAAUACAUUAGCCACAUAUGGUGGCAGUAGUGUGUCACUGAAUUGACUUGACAGCUGAAAAUCUGUGAUAGUUAACAACUAAGUUCCUGAAAAGUAAAAAUGUUAGUUUAAAUAAAAUACAUUAUUUUUAUUUUAGGAUAUUUAGACAUGGUUUUAUUAUAUUU